CACUUCCGGCGCGGAGCAGCGGAGCGGCGGCGGACGGGGCGCGGGGCUGGACGGCACCGGCGAGGCCAGGCCCGGCGCCGCGAUGCCCUUCCUGCACGGCUUCCGCAGGAUCAUCUUCGAGUACCAGCCGCUGGUGGACGCCAUCCUGGGCUCCCUGGGCGUGCAGGACCCCGAGCGCCAGGCGCCGCCGGAGGGGCCCGGGUACGUGCCCAGCGAGGAGAGCCGGCUGCUGGUGCUCACGGAGCUGCUGGAGAGGAAGGCCCACUCCCCGUUCUACCAGGAAGGCGUGAGCAACGCGCUGCUCAAGAUGGCCGAGCUGGGGCUCACCCAGGCGGCCGACGUCCUCCUGCGCAACGGCGCCAACCUGCACUUCGAAGACCCGGUCACCUACUACACGGCCCUGCACAUCGCGGUCCUGCGAAACCAGCCGGACAUGGUGGAGCUGCUGGUGCGCCACGGGGCCGACAUCAACCGCAGGGACCGGAUCCACGAGAGCAGCCCCCUGGACCUGGCCAGCGAGGAGCCGGAGCGCCUGCCCUGCCUGCAGCGCCUGCUGGACCUGGGGGCAGACGUCAACGCAGCUGACAAGCAUGGGAAGACUGCUCUGCUCCACGCACUGGCCAGCAGCGACGGCGUGCAGAUCCACAACACCGAGAACAUCCGGCUGCUGCUGGAGGGAGGGGCAGACGUGAAGUCGACCACCAAAGACGGGGACACGGUGUUCACCUGCAUCAUCUUCCUGCUCGGGGAGACGGUGGGCGGGGACAAAGAGGAAGCCCGGAUGAUCAACCGCUUCUGCUUCCAAGUCACGCAGCUGCUGCUGGCCCACGGGGCCGACCCCAGCGAGUGCCCCGCCCACGAGUCGCUCACGCACGUCUGCCUCAAGAGCUUCCAAGUGCACUUCCCCCUCCUGCGCUUCCUGCUCGAGUCCGGGGCCGCCUACAACUGCUCCCUCCACGGAGCGUCCUGCUGGUCCGGCUUCCACGCCGUCUUCGACCGGCUCUGCUCACACCCGGGCUGCGCCGAGGACGAGAGCCACGGGGACCUCCUGCGCAAGGCCGAGACCGUCCUGGACCUCAUGGUGACCAACUCCCAGAAGCUGCAGCUGCCGGAGAACUUUGCCAUCCAUCCCGUGGGCAGCCUGGCGGAGAAGAUCCGGGCCCUCCACUCCUCCCUGAGGCAGCUGGAGAGCUGCCCCCCGCCCCUCAAGCACCUGUGUCGCGUCCACAUCCGGCUCCACCUGCAGCCGUGGCCCGUGGAUGUGAAGGUGCAAGCGCUGCCUCUGCCCGACAGGCUGAAGUGGUACCUCCGUAGCGAGCACUGCAGCCCCGUGGAGGCGGACAUCUGACCGCUCCGGGCCGAAGGGACAGGUCUGGGCCCCUCAGCCAGCCCGCUGGUGGACUGAAGUCCCGGCGGGGCCGUGGGGAACCUUAGGUCCUGCCUGUCAGAAGGCGCAGGUGGUACAAGGAGAGCUGCCAGCUGCGGUCAUUCCUGUGGGAAAGGCUGUGUCUUUCAGGGAGACGGCCCCCAUCCCUUUGACAGUGACCCAGUUCUCAACCACAGGGAAAAUGACAGGCUUUGGUUUGGGACACGCGUGGAGGGACUGGAGGGCAUUCCUGAGCCAGGACUCCUGAGAGCUGCACGGACAGAGCUGGAGCAGAGGAGCUGGGUGGGCCUUUGCGGGUGCAGCCCAGGGAGGCUUUUGCUCCCCAAAGGGCUCUGGGCUGGGGAGGAAGCCGAGCUGCUUCCUGCUGGCGUCACAGCUCCAGCCUGGCCACCUGGGCACAGGGCUGUGCCAAACCCAGGUCGUGGGGACUGUGCCCUCUGCUAAAAAGCAAUCAUGCAUGACUGGGGACGUUCCACAAUGUCUCAUCUGAGGGCGAAAGCUGAAGGCUGCUCGCCUAGUGCCGAGCCUUUAGAGCUGUCACGUUGGUCCUUGUGAAUUGUGUAAAUGCCUCAGAGAUAAGCUAAGGCAACUAAAUGGCAUAUUUAUAUUACCUAAUUAAACUGACUUGGCCUUGAAAGGCCCUUGGUAACAUUUCUGCCCCCCACUUCAGGAUGAGGGGCCCCCCAGCGUCCUGGAAGAGGGGGUCAGUAUGGCACCUGUCCCAUAAAAAAAGCACUCCAGACCCGUGGGGCCUUGCAACACAAGGGCUCACCCUUUUAUUUUUGACUGAAAACGUCCGCCGAAGAGGAACCGCAAGGCACGGCCAAGAGUGAGUCGUGACCUCUCCCGGCCGCGGGCCCCUGUGACCACGUCAGGGACACCGGGCCGUCACCAGUGAGGACUCGGGAUGUGAACUGCCACCCGCUGCGGGGACAGCGGCCAGCCUCCCGGAGGUGUCCAUGCAGUCAGGCUCUCUUGAGCAGGGAAUCUCCACUUCGGAUGGGUCACUGCGCCCCACAGACCUCACUGCCCGGUCCGCACGCGGCAGCGGAGCCAGGCGCCUGCCUCGCCGCCCAUGGCUGGCUCCUCCGUGGGGCCUAUGUCAGAAAGAGCCUGUACAGCAGGGGUGGCAGGCGGGUCCGUUUACUGGCCUCACUCUGCUCCUGGAGCCCCCAGCACGGGCCUGCCUCCGGGCCCUCUGCCCCGCGCCUGCUCAUCUCAGGGCCAAGCUGUAGACGUGGUAGAUCUCGUCGGGGAGGUUCUCCUGCCGCUCCUGGGCCAGGAGGCUGAGGCCGGCGCUGCGGACGAUGCCGUGGACCACCUGCAGGUCCCGGCACACGCUGCUGUCCACGUCGUCCAGGAUCACGCCCUCCUGGGCCAUGUUGUCCUUGAUGACGAUGAUGCCGUUGGGGCGCAGGCCGCGCUGGCAGCGCCGCAGGAACUCGGCCAGGUGGCGGUCGGUCAGAUGGCCUGGAAGGCAGAGGCGGGAACGGCUGGUGUGGGCACGCUCCUCUGGCGGCUCCGCUCAGCCACUGCGUGUUCCACUAUGUACUUUCUGGUGGACACACAGGCCACACUGCCCUCAGCAGUCCUGGGGGUCACUGCAGCCCAUUGUGUGAAAGAGACGGGCUGCCAUGACAUGUGCAGCGGGGAUUCCGCCCUGACCAGUGACCAGGCCACGCCGGCACCCCCCCCACAUGCCCCCCACCCUCCUAGGCCUGGGCCAGGGCGGUGUGCCUACAGUAAAACUCCAGGCAGGCUCUGGGACCAUAAAAUACAGGGCCAGAUGCAGUAGGUCCAGCAGGGCGGUGCUGCCUGCCUGGGAGGGUGGCUGACUGCUGGAACAGUGGCUGCUUGAGGCCAGCAGCCUGGGGAGCACCCUGGGUGUGCCGGUAGGCAGAGAGGGCCAAUAGCAGGGACAGCAAAAGCUUCAACUUCUCUUA